AUUGAGGGCUAUGCCUACGCUCACGAGGGACAACGCCUCGCUUGCAAGUAUAAAAGGCAGCUUCUUGGAACAUGGUUUUCUCACUAUUUGUCGCGAACACUCUUUGAAUAUGAGGUGACUAGCACUGGUUUGGAGGCGCCUCGAUUUAUCCCUUGUAAUAACAGAUUGCUCGAAAGAAAACCCAAGUUUCAUUGCACACUUUUCUCUUUCUGCUUAAUACCAUACCACCAUGCACUAACUUCUCCAAAUAAUGUGCCAUUUAUCUGUAACCUCUGCAAUUCUUCUCUCUGUUUGCUGGCCCAAGAGAAUUCAACGUUUGCUUGCAAACCCCUUGACAUCAUUGUCAUUCGCAAAACACUUCUCUUCGUGUCCUCUGACUCUGGAGCACAACCAUUAUUCAUACGAAGAUAGCAGUAUCCACGGCGGGUACGACCCUGAGUCAUUUUACACGUCUAUUUUGAGCAGGUCAAUCACCAAGAGGCAUUUGAAUCAGGUUUAUGCGCAGCUAGUUGUGUCUGGCUUACAAGGCAGUGGUUUCAUAGUCACAAAGUUUAUUAAUGUUGCUGCUGAUACUGGGGAGAUAUGUUAUGCUCGUGAGGUGUUCGAUGAUUUUCCUCAACCAGAUGUCUAUGUGUGGAACGCAAUUAUUCGGGGUUACUCUAGGCACAACUUGUUCUCGGACGCUAUUGAUAUGUAUUGGAGAAUGCACGUUUGGGGGGUGAGACCAGAUUGCUUCACUCUUCCUCACGUUCUUAAAGCUUGCAGUGGAUUUCCGGCACUUGAAGUAGGUAGGGUGGUACACGGGCAUAUAUUCCGACAUAGUUUUGAAUCGGACGUGUUUGUGCAAAACGGGCUUGUGACUUUCUAUGCUAAAUGUGGUCAAAUUAAUCGGGCAAGGAUUGUGUUUGAUGGGUUAUAUGACAGGACCGUAGUUUCUUGGACAUCAAUUAUUUCUGGGUAUGCUCAGAAUGGCCAGCCUAUCGAAGCUUUGAAAUUUUUCGGUGAAAUGAGAAAAUCGAAUGUAAAACUAGACUGGAUUGCUCUUGUGAGUGUCUUACGUGCAUAUACUGAUGUAGAGGACUUGGAACAUGGGAAAUCCAUACAUGGUUGUGUUAUUAAAAUGGGCCUUGAAUUUGAGGGGGACUUGCACAUUGGACUCACGGCCAUGUAUGCAAAGUGUGGGGAGGUACUGAUUGCCAAGUCAUUAUUCGACCACAUGGAAACUGCCAAUGUGAUUCUGUGGAAUGCCAUGAUCUCGGGCUUUGUAAGAAAUGGUUUUUCUGACAAAGCCAUGGAGCUUUUCUGGAAUAUGCUAUCUAAAAACAUUAGACCAGAUUCCAUCACAGUAACAUGCACCAUCUUAGCUUGUUCACAACUGGGAUCACUUGAACAAGCCAUGUGGGUGGAUAAUUAUGUCAAUAAUAGUAUGUACAGAGAUGAUGCUUUUGUCAGCUCAGCCCUUAUCGACAUGUAUGCAAAAUGUGGAAGUGCAGAAUUGGCUUGCAAAGUAUUUGACAGAACGCUAGAUAAAGAUGUUGUUGUCUGGAGUGCCAUGAUUGUAGGAUAUGGGUUGCAUGGUUGUGGCGGAGAAGCUAUAGAUCUUUUCCACAAAAUGAAGCAAGCUCAAGUCCGCCCUAAUGAUGUCACCUUCAUUGGACUCCUUACCGCAUGUAACCAUUCAGGUCUUGUAGAGGAAGGGUGGAAAUUUUUCCAUAGCAUGAAAGAAUAUGGAAUUGAACCACGGCACCAGCAUUAUGCUUGUGUUGUUGAUCUUCUUGGCCGAGCAGGCUACUUGGAUCGGGCUUACGAUUUUAUUCUGAAGAUGCCAAUUGAACCAGGUGCCACUGUAUGGGGAGCCCUUUUGAGUGCAUGCAGAAUCUAUCGCCGUGUGAUACUGGGUGAAUUUGCAGCAGAACAGCUUUUCUCGUUAGACCCCUUAAAUACCGGACAUUAUGUGCAGCUUUCAAAUCUCUAUGCUUCAGCCCGCAUGUGGAAUGGUGUUGCAAAGGUGCGGGUGUUGAUGAGGGAGAGAGGAUUGAGUAAGGAUCUGGGAUAUAGUAUGAUUGAGAUUAAUGGGAAGCUUCAGGCCUUCCAUAUGGGAGACAAGUCACAUCCAAGAGCAAGGGAGAUCUACAAUGAGCUUGAGAGGUUAGAGAAGAGGUUAAAGGAGGUUGGAUUUGUCCCAGAUACAGAAUCUGUGUUGCAUGAUUUGAAUAAUGAAGAUAAGGAGGAGACUCUAUGCAAUCAUAGCGAGAGGUUAGCAAUUGCAUAUGGCCUGAUCAGUACCCCUUCUGGAACUACACUUAGGAUAACAAAAAAUCUACGGGCGUGUGUGAACUGUCAUUCAGCAACCAAGCUUAUAUCAAAGAUUGUCGAUAGGAGGAUAGUUGUUAGGGAUGCAAAUAGGUUUCAUCACUUCAAGGACGGAGUUUGUUCUUGUGGAGAUUACUGGUGAGAAGGGUGUCAGGCCAUUUGCAUUUUACAGAAAUCUAAUGUGAGGUGCUAUAUAGUCCUACAAGAGGGCUCACUAUUUUCCCUUCAACCAGGCCUGAAAGAAGAAUACAAUUGUAGAAUGACAAACUCAUGUGGAAUACUUGGCCAUGGGUCUAGUUUAUUGUAACAAAGCAGUGCAGUACAGUGAGCUUCUGAAGAUGGAGACCCGAACUACAGUGGCAACCAGUGGUCUUUCAAACCCAUCAUUGUCAGCUACCUCCUAUGUUACAGAUGUUGCUGAUCACAUUACCCAUGUGUACAACUUCAGUUGGCUAUACUGAGGCCCAGGGUUUGGAGUAUUCCUUGUGUAAGUAUCUUGAGGUGUGUGCUAAUAUCGUUUGUCUGGUUACACUUCAGACACGCAUAUCUUUUCAUCUUCUUUCUAUUUUUGCUUAUUUUCCUUCUGUACAUCUAGGUUUUUGUUGUGCUGCUUGUGCAGUGUUCUCCUGUAUAAACCCAAUAAUAUUUGUGCAACCAGUUAAGGCACAUUCCGGAAAAAUGAUUCUUUGUCGUACAAUAUGGAGUUGCAUGGCAAUGGUUUGUCCAUCUCAAAAUGUCCCAUGUGAAUUUAGUUUACUGGAGUUCUUCAUUGUAAUAUGAAGUGGUUGGGCGGGGGCUCAGGUUUUUAAGAAUUUAUUGGCAAAUGGCAAUCCUUCUUGUGCUCUUUUUUAUUUUUCCUUCACCUC